AUACGUUUUGGCCAUCUUAGCAGAUAAUUUCAUUUUGAGCGUAUGCAUCAAGAGAGAGACGGUGAAUUUAUGUAACGUGAGAUAUAUUAAAUAUAUUAUACAAUUACUAGUACUGUUUAAAAAGAAAUGACUAUUAGUGUCCUGUGCAAACAAAAGAGGUAUAUUUAAUUUCUGCCAAGGAUAUGGAUUCUGGGAGCGGAACAUCUGAUACUAACAAUGAUAUUGAGGCAAAUCUUCCUGGCAUGAUAGAAAAUGAGAACAAUGAAUCCAGUAAGAUGCAAUCAAGUUCUUCAGAAGUUGUCAAUGUCUUGGAGGAUAUAAAUAGUUCCGAUGGUGGGUAUAAAAGUAAUAUUACCACAAAAGAUGCUAGUCCUAUAGCAGAACAGAUUGAUAAUGUCUGUGAAACUAUGCAAAGUGAACAGGCACAUGAACUCAUAAAACUUCCUCUACAAGAUAAUUAUCAGGGAAUUGACAUUGAUUCUGAUGAAUGUGAUACAACUAACGAAAUAUUACAAGAAAUGUUGCCUACCACCAUUAAUUCAACUUAUACAUCAGGAGCGACUACUUCACAAGACAGUAGCCCAUCCUCUUCCCAUGCUAAAGAACCAAAUAUGUUACAUGCUGAUCAAAACAAAGUCAAAAGAGGUACAUCAAUGGAAAAUUCUGGCGAUAAUUCGGAUGAAGAUUCGAGUAAACGGCAAAAAUUGAACGAUAGUAUGCAUGAUGAAGAAAAUUUGGCUGAUGAUAUAGUAACCUUUCAAAGAACCAACUCAAAAGUACGACAGCGAAAUUAUCGAAAGAGGAGAAAUGCAGCGAGUGAUAAUGAGGACAGUUCUAGGACCAUGCACAAUGAAACAGCCAGAGAAGCUUCAAUACUUGAUGGAGAUGAAGCUAACGUUGCAUCUGCCAGUACUAACAACGAAUCAUCUGUUCCUAAUUCAACGUUAAACAGAACUUCAGAAAUUCGCGAAGGAGGUUCAGAAACAAGUAGCGAUGGGGCUGAUCGAGACUCAAAUGAGAGAGAUAAUUCGAAUGAAUGGAUAACAACUAGCGAAGAUGAAAUGGAUGAAGAUGAAGAGCCUCACUGUUUGAAAAAACAAAAACCUCCACCCACUUUCCAGAUGGUGCCAGAACUUCUAAACCGUGAAAUUGGUAACAACCCGCUAUUUCACAGAAGGUUUCACGGUUCUUUACACGUCGUAGAGCGGCUUAAACGGCUGUAUGACCUUAAUGAGCAUCAGGGUUGUGUAAAUGCCUUAAAUUUCAAUCAAAGGGGUAAUUUACUGGCGAGUGGCUCUGAUGAUCUAGCUGUUGUUAUCUGGGAUUGGGCUAGAGGGAAGAAGCGUUAUUGGUUCGAAAGUGGCCACUCUAGCAAUAUGUUUCAGGUGAAAUGGUUGCCGUUCGACAUGGAAUACCUUAUGGUCACUUGCGGCAGAGACGGUCAGGUACGCCUGUUAGAUCUUCGACAUGAAACGUCCAAGAAACUGGCAACACAUAAUGGACCGUCACAUAAGCUGGCUGUGCACAAUGAGACACCUCAUGUAAUCAUUUCUGUGGGUGAAGAUGCGAAGGUAUUAUCAAUAGAUAUCCGAGAGCGUAGACCAACCAAGUUGCUAGUAGUAAAAGAAGAUAUAUCCGAGGUGCAAUUGUAUAGUGUACAUUCUAAUCCUUUUAAUAGUAACGAAUUUUGCGUUGGCGGUCGUUCCCAUUACGUGAGAGUAUACGAUCAACGAAAAGUUUCGACGCCUCUCUAUAAAUUGUGUCCGCAUCACCUGACGGAGAACAAGUACGCACAUGUAACGUGCGCUGUAUAUAAUUAUAACGGAACUGAAAUCCUCGCAUCGUACAAUGAUGAAGACAUAUAUCUGUUUGACAGACUGAUGUCGCCGUCCGUGGAUUAUGCGCAUAGAUAUCAAGGUCACCGGAACAAUGCGACCGUGAAGGGAGUGAACUUCUUCGGGCCUAAGAGCGAAUACGUCAUAUCUGGCUCCGACUGUGGCAACAUAUUUAUUUGGGAUAAGAACACGGAGGCUGUUGUACAAUGGAUGAAGGGUGAUGAGCAAGGAGUUGUAAAUUGCUUAGAGGGACAUCCGCAUAUUCCUGUUCUCGCGACGAGUGGAUUGGAUUAUGAUGUCAAGAUAUGGAUUCCCUGGGACGAGGAGCCUCCGAAGAUGGGAGACUUCGCCAAGUGCGUGAAGAAGAAUGCGAGGAACAGGAGGCGUGAGAACGAACCUGACGCGUUCGACGGCCAGAUGCUCUGGAUCUUGCUGAGGCACAUUCGUCACACAGCUACAGCGCGGGUAAGUUCCUGCUCAUCGCUUCGCGCGUUACGAUUCGCCAGAUGAAGACAGCAACGAUGAGGAUGAUUAUGUGUCCAACGGCUCCUCGAACGACAAUUCUUGGGAGAGUUAUUCGGAAGGCGACGACAUCGGGAGAUUACAGUGCCCUCCAUCUUAAAGCUGUUGUGUAUAAUUACGAGCAAUUUGGUAUUAUCGUGAUGGAGAAGUUGCGUAGAUUUAGAAAAAAUUCAUUAGUCGUUUUGCAAUUAUGAUGGAUUUUAUGGAAAUAUAAUUACAUAGCGGAGUGUAUAGAGAGAACGAUUGUGUGGGGAUCUUGUUGCAAACCCUGCAUUCUAUAUCAUUAAUCUUUUUUAUCAGCUCCAUAUAAUUAGUAGUGUAAACAUAUAUACAUAUAUUUAAGCGGUUUACGGUUGCAUUGUAAUUUUUGAAUAUACGUUGAACAGAUAUAUAAAGACUGCUAUAUUGAUAGACUAUGAUAUUUAGAUAAAAGGAAAAAAGAAGAGCAUAUUAUUUUAUAAUAGUCUUAUAAGACAGAUUGUAAACUUGG